AUGGGGUACUGUGGACCCGAUCCCAACAUGCUCGCUGCUCAAAAGCACCGAGGCCAAGACAGCUCACCUGCUUGUGAUCCUGACGUGGCACAACGUCCAGCUCAACAUGCUGACGCAGCACAGCGGCCAGCUCAGCGAUCCGACAGUGGCGAAGGAGAAGCAGAGCAUAGCAACGGAACGAUGAGGGGAGAGGGGGAGAGUGGUGGGUGUGGGGUUCAGGGGGGCGAGGCGAGGCCUCUAGACGCAGCGGUGGUGGACUGUGCAGCAGAGGGCGAGGGGCUGGCAGCCGUGCUGCAGGGCAAGGGCGUGGACGUGCUGGCAGGGCCCAGGCAGACGAUUGGGGCGGGGCUGGGGCUGGCGGCAGUGCUGCAAGGCAAGGGCGUGGAUGUGCUGGCAGGGCCCACGCAGACCAUAGGGCUGCUCGGCCGGGGGGGUGAUGGGGAAGGCGAGGAGGUGCUGCAGGGGAAGGGCGUGGAGGUGCUGGCAGGGCCCAGGCAGACCAUAGGGCUGCUGGGCUGGGGAGAUGAAGGGGAAGGCGAGGUGGGUGCGUGGGGUGAUGUGAUGUGUGUGUUGUGGGAGGUGCAGAGGGGAGCGUUAAUGAGCCUUUUUCCUGCCCCGAUUUUACUGCCAUUCACCCCUUCCAACUGCACACCACCUAAGCCCCCGUGUCAGCCUGUGGUGGUGCGGUGCGAUGCGGUGGUGAUCGGUUCCGGCUGUGGAGGAGCCAUCAUCGCGGCUCAGCUCGCUGAAGCAGCAGCUGGUGGUGGUGGUGCUGCUGCUAAUGGUGACACAGGCGGCAGCGGGUGGCAGAGGAGGGUGCUGGUGCUGGAAGCAGGGGGCUACUUCUUCCGCUCUGACCUCUCUCUUCUCGAAGCCCCCUCAGCUCAGAUGUACGACACGCAGGGCUUUCUGACCACGGAGGACGGUGGGGUGGCGCUGCUGGCAGGGAGAACAGUGGGUGGCGGCAGCGCUGUCAACUGGUCUGCAUCCUUUCGCACACCGCCCCACGUCACCAGGGAGUGGGCCAGCGAGUACGGGCUCAAGCAAUUUGAGUCGCCGGAGUAUGCAGCAGCCAUGGAUGCUGUGUGUGAGAAGAUUCAGGUGACAGCAGACGAGACCCUCACCCCGCACAGCCUGAGCAACGCGGCUCUCAAGGCCGGUUGCUCAGCUUUGGGCUGCCACCAUGCCAUCACCCCCCGCAACACCAACCAGCCGCACCCCUCUCCUCAACGCAUCUGGUAUGGCACCUCGCUUCCCCCGUUGUCCCCCAUUCCACCCACUUACUCCUCUUCCCCCUCCCCGCCCCCCACCAGCCUGCGCACGCCUCCUCUGCUGCUCGCCAGUGGUCUCACCAACCCUGCCAUCGGCUCCUCGCUGCGUGUGCACCCCGUCACCUCCGCCUGGGGCUUCUUUCCAGAAACCGCUCCCUCCCUGCCGCCCUCGCUGCCCGCUGGCCCGGGCUACCUGGGGCCCAUCAUGAGCGUGAACUCGCGGGAGGUGGCUAACUGGGAGACAACUGGAUACGGCGCCAUGAUUCAGGUAAGGGAGCAGGUGGCCAUAACAAUCGCACCACAUUUGGCCCGCCGUGCUGUCUGCCUCCGUCUUCUCACCCUGGGAUUCUUCUCCUCCCUGCCUGUGCCGCCCCACCCUGUCACCCUAUCCCCCGACCACCAGACCCCCACCAUGCACCCGGGUCUGCUGGGCUGCGCCAUCCCCUGGCUGGGCAGUCAGACCAUCAAGCAGUCGGCAGUGCGCUUUGACCGCACUGCAUCGCUCAUUGCCAUUGUUAGGGACCGAGGCCGUGGCACUGUGCGUGCGGACGGCAGCGGUCGGCCUGUUGUGACGUACCGGCUGUGCAAGGAGGACCAGAAGAGCAUGCAGGAGGCGUUGCUGCUGUCUCUGCGCAUCCUGAGAGCAGCGGGAGCAGUGGAGCUGGGCACGCUUCACCAGUCUCUCAAGCCCUUCCGCUGCCUCGUUCCACCCACCGUUCAAGCCGACUUAGCUGAUGCAGCAGCAAGUACAGCCAACGCCGAGUUGGAUGGCACUGAUGGUCCCGUGGGGAUGGAUGGAUGGCAUCGCACGUCCGAUGCAGAGUUUGAGGCGUAUUUAAAAUCCGUGGCUGCAGCGGGCUUUAAGCUCAAUGACUGCACGCUGUUCUCGGCGCACCAGACUGGUAGCUGCCCUAUGGUGGCGUUCAUGAUUGGGAAACGGCUAGCAGAGAGAGUUAGGAAUGCGAGCAUGCGGAUGUGCCUGUCUGUCGUCGAUCCUUCGCUGCAAGUGUGGUCGGGGGGCCUACCGAUUUGGACGGAUGUGGGGUGCUUGUCUGUGCCCGCGUCAUCCGCAGAUCCCGUCAUCGUUCUCCUUCCCGAUGGCUCCAUCCGCUUGUAUCACGAGCAGCUCAUGCAAGUAAGGGACGUCCUAAAAGAGUUUCCCCACCACGGCCUCGCGUCGCUGAAUCACACUGCGCGGGGGGCGCUAGCUUCUGCUUCUGCUGACUAUUGUUCCACGACGUCGCGACCAUCACAACCGCCAAAUGCGGCUCCUCUUCCGCCGGAGCGUUUUUUGCGGCCUGGGGGAACCUAUUGCUUGCUGGAGCAUCCGUUUUUAGCCGCACACGAUGCUCAUUCGGCUAAUCACGCGCGGCCGCAUGAUUUGACGACGUGCGCGGCGGAAAGCACGGCGGGCGACGCGGACAACAGGACGGACGACUCGGAGUCGCCGUCAGGCGAUGCAACCAUUGUAAGCUGCUUCACGCCGCGUGCAUCCCGCGCCUCGACCCGCCAACGCGCUGCGGUCGCAGCGACAGGCGGCGGAUCCGGCUUGGAGCGCGCGGCGUCCAUGCCCCCCAUACCCCACUCGCUGCGCGCCGCGCUAAUGAUGCCCACCACGCCGCGCAAGCCUACUACCGUUGCCGCCAGUGGCGCCGUCGCGUUGCCACCAUCGCCUAGUGCCGCCGCCGCGGCGACCAUCCCAGCAACAACUCUUCCUCCCCUUGCGCGGACUACCAGCGGCACCGUCCCGACGCAGCGCGCGCCACCGUCCUCCGCCGCUUCCGCCCUCAUCUCCCCGCGCGCGCCACCAUCCUCUGCGUCCGCCCUCGUCUCCCCGCGGGCACCCCCUGCCUCCGCUUCGUCCCUCGUCUCCCCUCGCGCGCUUCUUUCCAGCGGGUCGCGGAAGCUUGUGCGCGCUUUGACCGCCCUCCCGCGGCCGCAUAGAAAUUCGUCACGUGAGCGCGACGGGACGGAACGGAGCCGCGUCCCGCGUGACGUCAGCAAUCACGGCGCGGCAGGCCCGUGGUCGCUGAUGGACCUCGUCUCUCCAAAAGGCGCCGCGAGCGCGUCGCGCGCUGAAAAUGAUACUACUGCGCAGCUCAGUGAUUAUACGAUUUCCGCAGAAGAUAUGUGCUCGUGGGAAAACGCCAUCCGCGAUCUUAAGAUCUCGCGAGGUGAGCGUGACGACGAGGGCGACGCGGAGAGUAGCGAAAGGCAGCGAAACGGGGGCGUUCGUUACUUUGGUGGGCGAAAUGAGGCACCCAGGCAGGCGAACUGGUCGGGAGGGCUGACGCCCAGAGGCCUCCCGCUGCUGUCGCCCGUUGAGACCGCGUCUGAGAGCGGAGAGGGAGCGCAGCAGCCCUUGCGAAGGCCUGAGCAGCAGAGGCGGAAUGCCGUGGAUUCAGUGCAAGCGGCGGGUUUGGUGGCGGGCGUGGUGUCGCGAACCAACAUGACGAUUCUCCUCAACGGCGUGCCAGUGGUGCCCAACAUGGUUGUCGCAAAGGACGGCUCGGGCGACUUCACCACCCUCCAGGAGGCGAUAUACUACGUGCCGCCAGCGUAUCUGCCGAACCAAGGGACGAAGAUCUUCGUCAAGGCGGGGUGGUACAACGAGACGAUCAUCAUCCGACCGUACAUGCGCUACCUGGCGCUGAUCGGCGAUCCCGAGGGCGGCGGCAGCACGGUGUCGUGCAACCGCUACAGCGGCAUGCUCAACGAGAACGGCGACAUGCUCUCCACGUUGAACACGGGCUGUUUUGUCGUAUUCGCGGACGACUUUACGGCCGUGAACUUUAACUUCGAAAACGCGUCGCCGCGGCCGCCGCCCAACAGCUACAUCUACCAAGCGGUGGCCGUCAGAGUGACGGCCAACCGCACCGCGUUUUACAACUGCUCCAUCAAGUCGUUCCAGGACACCCUAUACGCGCAUAAGGGGUGGCAAUACUACAAAGACUGCUACAUCUUCGGGACGGUGGAUUUUAUUUUCGGGCAGGCGAAGGCGCGGUUCGAGUCGUGCGUGCUGCAGAUGUCGAGCUACGGGUUCGCGUCGGUGACGGCGCAGAAGCGCGACAUUAAAGACGACGACAACUGCUUCGUUAUGGUGGGGAACCGGAUCAUCGGACAACAACCCAUCAUUGCUCAGGGGUGGCUGGGGCGGUCGUGGGGUCAAUACGCGUGCACCAUCUUCGCCCACUCGUACAUGGACGAGAUCAUCGGCGCUGAAGCAUGGAAUAAUUUCUACGUGCGGUCACGAGAGUGGACGACGUUUUACGCGGAGUACAACAACACGGGCAUUGGAGCCAACCUGGACGGGCGCGUGCUGUGGCUCAAGACCUUGACGCCCGCCGCCCGCCGAUACUUCCUCAACAAGGCCUGGAUCCGCCUCGACUCGUGGUUCCACCCCUUCCCCCAGAUGAUGUGA